UCGCCGGCCUUCUCUUCCCGCCGACCAAGGAGGAGAAGUGGUAUAAGUAGAAACGGUUAGUAUUUGCAACAGAGUUUUGACUACAUAUGGAGAAGUCAGCGAAAGCAGAGCACGAGGUGGUGGUGACGGCGGAGUCGGAGGUGGAGGAGGACGACGUGAUGCUGCCGGGGUUCAGAUUCCACCCCACCGACGAGGAGCUCGUUGGCUUCUACCUCCGCCGGAAGGUGGAGAAGAAGCCGCUCAGCAUCGAGAUCAUCAAGGAGAUGGACGUCUACAAGCACGAACCUUGGGAUUUGCCGAAGUUCAUGAUCACGGCGGGGGAGAAGGAGUGGUACUUCUUCUGCCGGCGAGGGAGGAAGUACAGGAACAGCGUCCGACCGAACAGGGUCACCGGCUGUGGCUUCUGGAAAGCCACAGGCGUCGAUCGCCCCAUCCAGUCCGCCGCCCACCAUUUCAUCGGCCUCAAGAAGUCCCUCGUCUACUACCGCGGCCACGCCGGCAAGGGCACCAAGACCGACUGGAUGAUGCACGAGUUCCGCCUCCCCGACUCCGCCGCAUCCUCCGCCACCGCCUCCAAGAACGCCGCCACCAUGCAAGAAGCGGAAGUUUGGACGAUCUGUAGAAUCUUCAAGCUGAGCGCCACCUACAAGAAGCAGCCCGGCAGCUACAAGACCUCGAUCACUACUCGGACGAAGUCGCCGACGGAGUCCAGCAGCGUUACCAACUGCGGCGACCCCGACGACUACGUCUGCUGCACCUCCUCUGCCGGCGGCUCACCGGCGAAUCAGUUGCAACUCCUCCAUCGUCAUCAUCACCUCAACCACCCUCAUCCCUACAAAGUUCAAACUACCGCCAACCUCGUCGGCGCCGGCGCUUGGACCUAUAUCAACAAUAACAACGGCGGCGGCCAUGCUCUGUUCCCGGCGAACUCGUCGUCCGCCAUGGUGACGAUGAAUGAACAGAUCAGCCCGAGCUCGAACGAUUUCAUGAGAGACAGCAUUUGGGACGAGCUCGGUCGGAUCUCUGAGUUCUUGGCGGAUGACGUUGGAUUUCCUUCCAAUGAUUCUGGAUACGCUUCCUACGUUCUUGAGAUCGAUAACGUGAUCUAACCGCCGACGCGCUGGAGAACAAUACGCAUAGAGUUAAAUCAAAUUAUUAAUGCUAUGUUUUAUCUAAUUAAUCAAAUGUUAAAAGCUCUGCCAAUUAAUCUCUCUCUUGUAGCUCAUAAAUUAUACAUAUUAUAUUUAAACUGUUUAACUACAAUAAAAUAAUAAUAAUGAUAAUAGCAACUUCUCGGCGUAAAG